AUGAGUAAUAUUGAAGAAACCGAUAAAACUCCCCUUAGAGAUUUACUUAGGAGAGUAGCCCGAGCGUUCUUUCAAACUCAACAUAUUGUAGUAUUAGAUCAGCUCGCCUUUCAUGAACAAAUAAGUGACGAAAAUUUGGCAAAAUGUGUUGGACUUACUGUUAAAGAGAUCCAUAAACUUUGCGGUAAUUUGAAAGAAGCGCGACUAAUUAAAACUUAUACCAAAUCCGAACCAAAGAAAGCGGAAGCAAGGGCGAUUCCUAGAACUUAUUAUAAUAUAGAUUGGCAACAAACAUUUGCACCACUUGAAGUUCGUAAUUUGCUUGAUGAUGCCAAACAAGCAUUUUUGUGUGAUGUAUGUUCCACGGAAUUAAUUCACAACGAUAAUGCCGAGAAUGUUAAAGGGACAGAAUUGCUUCACGGAAGAUUCAUGGAGCAAACCUCAACUGGUGCUAAAGGUGGUCAACCUGGUUCUACUCGUGAACAGGAUUUACAAUAUUCUCAAGAUACUGGAGCAAAUUCAGGAGAUAUUGUUGUUGUGUUUCAAGAUGAUAAUGAAUCAUCUAAAAUUGACAAACAAAAUGAGAUGGCAAAGAAACGUACAGUAUCGGGAGAUGCUACGGUAACAAAUACAGGAAUUUUAGAUGCUGCACAAGAAAAUGAACAUCAAAAUUCCGAAAUAGUAAGAGUAAAUGAGAAAGAUGAACAGCGAAAUGAUACUGAUGGAUCACCAAUGAUUGAUUUGGAAGAGGAAGAAUUUGAAGAAGUGGAAUUUGGUGUAGUGGAAGAAGUGGAAUUUGGUGUAGUGGAAGAAGUGGAAUUUGGUGUAGUGGAAGAUGAAUUUAUGGAUGAAUUUGAAGAAGACCGGACCCUUCUUCAUGCAUUCUCGGGAAAUUUCGUAGAAUUGGUGAUCGAAUCUUUUGCAUUGGUUGAUAAAGAAUACGCAAUCGUACGUUCGGCCAUUCUAGUAGUAUUCUUGGCAGGAUCAUGGCCAACUCAUAGAAGAAGAGCCAGUAAAUUUCAUAUUAAAGAUUCAUCAUUUGAGGCAAAAUUAUUUGUGGAUACAAGUUCUUCAAUAUUAGCUUUAGCAGUUCUUGCUUUAGUUAUCCCUGCUGCAUUUAAAAUUGCCAAUACACAAAGUGGUGAAGAUAUUAGUCCAAAUGAUUUAGAAUGUGAUGUACAAAAUAUUAGUCGCGCCACUUCGAUUAUUCUUUUAUUAGUGUUUUUUGGUUUAUUGGUAUUUCAAUUGAAAACUCACUCUGAUCAAGUAGUUGAUGCUAAAGAAUUUGAAUUGUUUCAAUAUAGAUAUCAUUGGCUUAUUGAUUUUUUAUUUGGAAUUAUAUUUUGUGCUCGAUAUCUGGUGACAAGUGUGGAAGAGCUUGCUGAGGAAUAUCAAUUGGGAUCCGGAUUUAUUGGAGUUGUUAUUUUCCCACUUUGCGUAUGUUCAAAUUUCAUUGAACAUUUUACUGCAAUAAGAUGUGCUUACCAUGAUCGAGUCGAUACUGCGAUGGGUUUAAUUAUGAACACUUCAGUGGUUAUAACACCUAUAUUAACAAUUGCCGGUUGGAUUAUGGAAAGACCAUUAACCUUGGAUUUCAAUGUAUUGGAAAUUUCAGUUUUGGCUUGUGCCGUUUUAAUUGUGAAUUUUCUUGUUGCCGUUUCAUAUUUCCUUAUAGCCAUCGCAUUCUUUUAUCUUCCAAGUCCUCCGGAAGAAGAUAAAGAUUUAUACCAUUGUAAUCCGUUUAGUCAUAAUCGUGAAGAAAUAGCAAGAGAUAUAUCUUGCUAUGGAUUACCAUAUGGAACAUGGGGGAUAGCUUCUGGACCAGUCAUCUAUACAUGUGUCCGUUGUAAUAAAGAAUGGGUAUUUGUACUUAUGGCAUGUGGGAAGCUCGCUCCGUGGGCUCUCAAAAUGCUUAAUGAUCGUAUAACUUUGAAAUUUAAGAAUGAAAAAACAUUACGGACGAUAAAAGGACUUGUCAAAUUUGGCGCGAAAGACAAGUCAAAAUAUGAUGAUAAAAAUGGAGAUGACUCAGAUGAUGAGGAUACUAAAAAUAAAUCAGUAACUAGAGCGUUAAAUAAGAUCUUAUCCAUUUGUGUUGUCUUGGCGAUAAUUGUACUGUGCAUUGGUGGUUGGGCAGCUUUGAUGAAGUUUAUUUUAAUGGUGGCGCCGCCAAAGUAUAGUGACACGCUUAACGUUAGUUUAGCGUGGAUAAUGAGUGUUAUGAUAAUUUACUUUUUAGUAGCAUCUCAUGUCUUUUUUUCGCACAUAAUUCUUGCUGAACUUUAUAAGAAUUGGAAUGGGCUUUCCUCUGAAACAUUUCCAAAAAUAUCGGCAAUUUAUUAG